AUGGGUCUCCACUCACACAUCGUCGUGCAAGAGCACGAGCUCUACGGUUUCCAAUGCCGCGGGCUGUUCGCGCACAGCUUUAUCGCUCAAGGCGAGGUCGUUUGCGAUUGGGACGAAGGAGAGAUUCGCGGGUACCACGCAUCUGACUUAUCAGCGGAACCCGAUAAGGAGAAGCGCGAGUCAAUGAUUCGUUAUGCGUACAUGGUCGGUGACGACUUGUACGACACGACAGCCGACCCCGAGGAUGACCCGAGCUUUUAUUACAACCACUCGUGCGACCCUAACACGUGGUACGCUAACCCACGUUGCAUGGUCGCCCUGCGCGACAUUCAGCCGGGCGAGCACGUCACGUACGACUACGCCUGCACGGAGACGGAGGGUAGCAUGCACGCCGGCCUGCGCUGCCGCUGUGGCGCCGCGUGCUGCCGCGGAACGCUUAACUUCACCGAGUGGCGCUCGCACGACUGGCAGCGACGGUUCGCCGGCCACUGCUCGGCUUAUAUCGAACGGAAGAUGGCCGAGUCGGGGUGGUACGACCCGCGCGUGGUAACUCGUUACAAGGGUCGCGGCGCGGACGCCUUCAAGGGGCUGUUCGCAUUGGCGAGCAUCCGACGUGGCGAACCGCUUCUCGUCUUCGCCGGCAAGCUUGUCGGCCUCGACUACCUGCUGGGAAGCGACGAACGCGUUCGGGAGCUCUCGCUGCGAGUCAACGAUAACCUCUGGCAGGUGCCGGAUCCGACGCGUGGGCCCGAGACGCCCGAUUUCAUCAACCACUCGUGCGAUCCAAACUGCGGAUUGGAAGACUCGGUGACGGUGGUGGCCUUGCGGAACAUCGCGCCAGGCGAAGAGUUGAGCAUCGACUACGGGAGCACCAACGCAGGCGUCGUCCGCACCAGCAGCGACAACUUCAGUUGCCACUGCGGCGCGUCGAUCUGCCGCGGGGUAGUCACGUGCGACGAUUGGCGGCUGCCCGAGCUGCGGCAACGACUAUGGCCGUUCUUCCCGCCGUUCAUCAAGCGGCUGAUCGUGAGAGAGUCGGAGAAGUCGGACUUGAAGCGGUCUGAGAGUGAUGAGUCGUGCGAGUCGAUCGAAGGUGAUGAACUGGCCUUCACCACGAAGAUGAAGGGCAAAGGCAAGGCGGCGCAACCUGCAGCGCGCCCGGAGCCGCGUAAGAAACGUGCUGCUGCACUUGUCGAGCGCGGUUUAUGGUCUGACAAGGAGAGCACCAUCUUCGCUGCGGCAAAGUGGUUUCUCAAGGAGGAGCUCGAGCCCCUCAAGGGGAAACAGGGUACCCAGUACUGGGCGCGGCUACUCGCACAUAUCAAGGAGUCGAACCCCGGAUGGAUCCGGGGUGUCAACGCGCUCCAGAAACAGUGGCGUAACCUAAUAGUGCUAUGGCGUGAGUAUAAGAAGGCCGACGAGGGGUCGGGCAACGGCUCCGUGGAGAAACCACCUUGGUACCCGUACGUUGACCUGCACAACCAGGACACCGCCGCAGCCGCACCUCAUGCCGUGGACGGAGGUGGCGCGAAUAACGUCAACGUCCCGGCAGGCAUGGAGGUUCCGCAAUCGUCCCAGCCAGGCACGUCAACCCCUUGUUUCACUGCUCCUCCGCCAACGACUCCUGCCACACCGAGGCGUGCCCGGGUGCAUGAGACGGCCACCAUGCAAGCGGCCAUGCUCGUUUUUGCCACCAUCAAGGACUGCCAUGGCGACGCUAUGAACCGCAUCGAAGGCCUCGUCCGUGAAUGGAUGGCGCAAGAUCUCAGACUUGCCCGUGAGCGUAUGACAGAGUCGGCUCCCCCGGAUGUGCACCGCACGCCCCAUGAAUUCUCUCCACCGCCGCCACGCGGGGAGUCCGCGCCUGCUCCCGAAACCGCACGGACGCGUGUGGACGAGGGCGACGGCGACACCGCUAUGCCGGCGGAUGAGGAUGUGGAAGUAUGGGUUCGCGGCGCCGACGAUUAG